GGGCAAUGCUGAGCGACGACCAAUGAAAUCGCUUUUCCGGACGGUUCCGAAACCCUACGUUGGGCCGAGCUUGCAGGCCGAGCAGGCGCGGAAAUCGAAGGGUGGGGGGUGCAUUAUCGCGACUAACUUUCGAUCAGCUGAGCGCAAGUGCGGGUCUUGCGGUGCGGGUUUCCGAAGCCGGGUGUCCAUGUAUCUGAUUUGAAAUGGUCUGAAUUCGAGAAAGGCGACGUCUGCGGCUGCGUGGAGUUGUCCCCCUUUCUGUAGGCGGUUAACAGCAAGGUGUCCGUCCGUCCCGGCUACGUGUAACGGGGUUUUCGCCUGAAGGAGCGCACCGAAGGGCAAGCCCAGCUACCGAGUUCCGUAAAAAAGCUGCUGGGGAGCCAUCUGUCCUGCCGGCGGGGGGAGGGCGAAGACACUCUCUCCUUUCUCCGUGCUGUAGCCCCAGUGCCAACUACCACCACAACUACCGCCGCUGCUUCUGCUGGAAUUCACAACAAUGGCGACACCCAGCACCAACUCGGCGACCUCCUCCAGUCACGGCAGCGGCAGCCCCGGAUCCACCGCAGCGUCUCAUCAGCCCCAGCACGUAGCCACAGUCGGCAAUAUGCAGUGUAAACGUAAAGCGUUGAAGCUGAGCUUUGCCAGUCCGCUAAUCAAGCCCAGUACCAGGUUCGCGCUCAGCACGCCCGGGCCUCCCUUUCAGAACCCACACAUUGAGAGGUUACGCACUCACAGCAUCGAGUCGUCGGGGAAGCUGAAGAUCUCCCCCGAGCAGCACUGGGACUUCACCGCCGAUGACCUGAAGGACCUGGGGGAGAUCGGCCGCGGCGCCUACGGCUCCGUCAACAAGAUGGUGCACAAGCCCAGCGGCCAGAUCAUGGCUGUCAAGAGGAUCCGGUCCACGGUGGAUGAAAAGGAGCAGAAGCAGCUGCUGAUGGACCUGGACGUUGUGAUGCGGAGCAGCGACUGUCCCUGCAUCGUCCAGUUUUACGGCGCUCUGUUCCGAGAGGGAGACUGCUGGAUUUGCAUGGAGCUCAUGUCUACCUCGUUCGACAAAUUCUACAAAUAUGUAUAUUGUGUGUUAGAUGAAGUGAUUCCAGAGGAAAUAUUAGGCAAAAUAACAUUAGCUACUGUCAAAGCACUUAACCACUUAAAGGAGAACUUGAAGAUAAUUCACAGAGAUAUCAAGCCAUCCAAUAUACUCCUGGACCGGAAGGGUAACAUCAAGCUUUGCGACUUUGGCAUCAGUGGUCAGCUGGUCGAUUCCAUAGCCAAAACCCGGGAUGCCGGCUGCCGGCCCUACAUGGCGCCGGAGAGAAUAGACCCCAGCGCCUCGCGGCAAGGCUAUGACGUCCGUUCGGAUGUGUGGAGCCUGGGAAUCACAUUGUAUGAGCUGGCCACCGGCCGCUUCCCCUACCCAAAGUGGAACAGCGUCUUCGACCAGCUGACGCAGGUGGUGAAAGGCGACCCCCCGCAGCUCUGUAACUCCGAGGAACGGCAGUUUUCCCCCAAGUUCAUCAACUUCGUCAACUUGUGCCUUACGAAGGACGAGUCGAAAAGGCCAAAGUACAAGGAGCUUCUGAAACACGCCUUCAUCCGAAUGUACGAGGAGCGGCACGUCAACGUGGCCAGCUAUGUGUGCCGCAUUCUGGACCAGAUGCCUGCCUCCCCCUCCUCACCCAUGUAUGUGGACUAAAUCUGUCCACUCAGCAGGGCGAUCUCCUCCCUCAUGUGCAAUAAGAUUCCUCUUGGUCACGUUUUUAUGAUGUCACCUACGCACGUGAUUCUCUCAUGCUUACAUAGGGACUGCACACUAGCCAUUGGUCCUACCUUCUUUUGGUGUAAGGCCUAUUAUGUGAACACAGUAUAGUGAUGAAUCCUGGAAUUAUACACAAGAUUAUUAAGUCUCAUUUUUGACCUGGAGAUAUUCAGUCACCAUACUGGAAUCAUAUUCUGUGUGAACUUUCACAACUCUUCCAUGUAUUUGAUUUUAAAUAUUUUGUGUAUCUUAGAUCAAAUCUUGCUUCAAUAGGGUUAUAAGCCAAGAACAAGGAAAGUUUAAGGUUUUUUUAUUAUUUAUUUUUUUUGUCCCUUCCCUCUCCAUCCCUUACCUGAGCACCACUGGGUAUUGAACAGAUGUAUGUGCAAUGGAUUUAAUUUGCUGAUUUAAAAAAAAAAAAGAAAGAAAUAAAAGUGACUUCCUUUAUGCUAACUUUUGACUGAGGCAUGCAAGGUGCUUGUUGAAAAAUGUCAUUCUAUGUCUGCAGAAUGGGAAAAUGUGCAAAAGAUCUCUGCAAGUCACUAUAAUACCAUGGACCACAUGUUUUAAGAUGCUUUGUUCAACUGGAUGUUUCUCUUUACAGCCCCAACUGCCUAUUCUGUAAUUGUUCCAACUCAUUUUCACCAAAGACAGGCUACUGGGUUGCUUUCAGAAAACUUUUCUGGUUUGUAAAGGCCCGUGUUAAGAGUACGACAUGUAACUGGAUACGCUUACACUGAUCCUGAAUAAUGUGGAAUAGCUGAAUUCAUAUGGUGACUCUGGCAGUGUAGGUCAUACCUAUGGAUCUAUGCCUCAACAGUUUUUCUGGAAGGACCUUUGAGCUGGUUGAGCUUCUUGAUGGGUAUGGACAGGCCCUUUAUAUUAGGAGUCCCUGGGAUCAACUCUGAUUGGCUGUGGUGUGAGCCAAAGUCCUGUUUCAUUCUGCUGGUCCUCAGGUUCCACUAUGGCAAGGACUCGCUGGGGUUUACCGUAUUCCUUCUAGUAAACAGGGAGAGGAACAGCACUGAGUUACCACAGAUGUUUUGCAGUUGAGACUGAAAAUGAAUGAAAUAAUAGUCCCUUUUUGGAAGUUGUAAUCAUUUUAUUUUUAAUGCAUGUCAAUGACAUCUAUAAAUUUUAAUGACAGGACUUGGUGGGGAAAGUUGUACAAUUUUUAAAAUUGCAUUUUUUUUUUUAAAGAAAUCUAUCAUGACCUCAGUGAGCACGCCAUUAACUGUGCAGUUGGAUCUCCUACUUAAAAUUUAUUUGAAAUGAUCUCAAUAGAAUGUUAGUAUGACCAUUUUCGAUAAGAGAUUUAAAUGACAUCGCUGUUUAAAUAUUUUUUGAAUGUUUGACAUCUCUGAAAUACUAUGCUGUGCACAUUAUUUUCUUCAUGGUAGAUGUGUAAAAAAUAAGGCACACCUAAGUGACGACAGUAAAUAGGACAGUGGUUAUGUGUUAAAACGUUUUCACAAGAAAUGUUCCCAGUGAUUCUUUCUUCACGAGAUGCUUGACUUUAAUAUUUAAGACUUAAUUAUCUGAUCUCAGUCACUGAGGCCUCCUUAGAUGCCCCUUUGCCCAGAGGUUGGAUGUGACAAAGUCAAAACAUAAUCCUGUUAUUUGGCAUUGUAAUGCUUGUUUUGUGAGGUCUGGAAACUUACAGUGGCAGAAAAAUUAUCAAUAAAAUAAAUUUAACAAUUCGCA